UUCACAGGCUCAGUUAAGGGACCUAAUGCAAACUGUUGUUUCCCAUAAUCUGUGAUUCCCAGCAGAAGGAACGCUGGACCUAGAACUCUGGGAACAAGUGGGGAAAAAUCUUAAACAAUAUCAUGCACAAGGGCAAUGGAUCCCAGUAACGUCUUUAACCGUAUGGACCUUAGUUAGGGCUGCUUUGGCCCCGCUGUACGCAGAAGAGCCCAAGAAGGGAAGGGAGGAGGAACCAUCACCUACCUUAGUGCCACCGCCUCCUCCCUCGUCCCUGCCAUUGCUGGGUAAAGAUACUAAAGAGGAAAUGGAGGUUUUCCCUGAGUCCCCUCCCCCAAUAAAUUGGAAAAAAGACAAGGGAUACACUACAGCUAUGGGACCCUGUCUUAGGCAGGUGGCAUUAGAAGGGGAGCGCUUAACCUGACCGGAAAUGCAAGAUCUCCAAGGCAAUCAGGCCCUCUUUGGAUUCCAGCAUGAUGCAUCAGACCAUACCAUGGCGUGGCUAGGACCCAACACGGUACCAGAAGUGAAAGAAAUGACCCCACAGGACCUGCAGCUCCAGACAACACAGCUUCCUCAGACGACACAAGCCCCGGACAUUACCUGGGGGAUGCUGAAGAAGGCAACUAACAAGGCUGAGCAAAUCCUGCUCCAGACACAAAAACCAUUCAUUCCAGAUAAUUUGUUCCUUGUCCUGCUCUCUAGUGAUGCAAAGCCGGAAUACGAGCAGUAAUCGCUACGCCUGACAAACCUGUUGCUGCACACAUCUGUACUCUUCAAUCAACAAAACCUGAUGCAAAAAAACAGAAAAGGGGGAGAUGUAGGAGAUCAGUCAGGGUGAUGGGAAAAGUUAUAAGGAGAGAUGCAAACCUUCUUGGAAGUCCGGGAGGUUUUGCAAAGCUUCAGGAGAGAAUACAGGCUGAAGGCAGCUAAAUUCUCUUACCCUGAUGCUAAGGGCAAGAAGUAGGUAACAAAGGAGUAUAAAGGAAUUUAUCUAGACGAGUUUAUUUACUUUUGCAGACCUUUAAUCAUCCUCUCCACGCGUGCAGGACUGCUCCCAAGGAAGGGGGGGAAGGGGCGACAAGUACCUACAGAUUGUGUUGGCUCCAGGCCUUUGUCAUUAAAUCUGUACUGAAUAAAUACAAGCGGCUCCAGCUUAUCAGGGCUGCAUUCUGUCUUCGGUGUCUCUAAGGCCAAGCAGUCCCCUAGCCGCACUCAUGCAAAA